UUAUUCUCACUUUGAUACGGGGCUGUAAUUUUCGAGGCAUUAUAUGGAACUGUUCAGUUGGAGCAUGCCAAAUGUUUAGUUUCAUAGUCACUUAAUUUUUCAUUUAGUAUCACUCAAGAAUCCAUCUGAAUAUAACAGUUCUCUUCCUUGUUCACGUCAUGUUUAGUUUCUUGUGGUACUCUCAAUGGCCCGGUCACGGAAUGCAGUUGUUGCUACUGGUUUGGUGAUAUUUGCAGCUGCAGGUUUGACAUUUCCGUUUUACAUGGAGUCAUCGCCAAAGCCUGUCAUUGACCCAUCAAAGCCGCUAUCACCCCAGAUGGCAACUUUUCGAGGGCCUUAUAGCAACUCUAGCGUUUGCUCUUAUAUAAACACUGGCUCUCGUGACGUUGGACCUGACUAUCAGACCUACUCGAAAAAGUGA